AUGGUGAAGUGUAGAGAAGAAGGAGAGGUCAAGGUGCGGACGCCCUACACGUACUCUGACUGCGGGAAAAGCUUUGGGCGGAGCUCUCACCUUAUCGCACAUCAGAGAAUCCACACAGGGGAGACGCCCUACACGUGCUCUGACUGCGGGAAAAGCUUUGGGCGAAGUUCUCACCUUAUCAGACUUGAGACAAUCCACACAGCGGAGACGCCCUACAUGUGCUCUGAGUGCGGGAAAAGCUUCGGGCAGAGCUCUCACCUUAUCACACAUCAGAGAAUCCACACAGGGGAGACGCCCUACACAUGCUCUGAAUGCGGGAAAAGUUUUGGGCGGAGCUCUGACCUUAUCAUACAUCAGAGAAUCCACACAGGGGAGACGCCCUACACGUGCUCUGAGUGCGGGAAAAGCUUCGGGCGGAGCUCAGACCGUAUCAGACAUCAGAGAAUCCACACAGGGGAGACGCCCUACACGUGCCCUGAGUGCGGGAAAAGCUUCAAUCAGAGCUCAAACCUUAUCAGACAUCAGAGAAUCCACACAGGGGAGAUGCCCUACACGUGCUCUGAGUGCGGGAAAAGCUUCGGGCGGAGCUCUAACCUUAUCACACAUCAGAGAAUCCACACAGGGGAGAUGCCCUACACGUGCUCUGAGUGCGGGAAAAGGUUCGGGUGGAGCUCUGACCUUAUCAGACAUGAGAGAAUCCAUACUGGGGAGACGCCCUACACAUGCUCUGAGUGCGGGAAAAGCUUCGGGCGGAGCUCUAACCUUAUCACACAUCAGAGAAUCCACACAGGGGAGACGCCCUACAAGUGCUCUGAGUGCGGGAAAAGCUUCAGGUGGCGCUCUCACCUUAUCACACAUCAGAGAAUCCACACAGGGGAGCUGCCCUACACGUGUUCUGAGUGCGGGAAAAGCUUCAGUCAGCGCACAAGCCUUAUGAGACAUCACAAAAUCCACAUGAGAGAGAAUUGUUAUGAAUCCCUUGACUAG